UUAAAUCCUUUUAUUUCGUUCCAAUUCACUUCGAAUACUCGAAUACUCGUCCACCUGCAAGGUCGAAUUCAACCGAAUUCCAAAUUGCGAUGUCCUCGAGAUCAAUCGGGUGCAUGAGGUGCGCACGCACCGGUAAAGAGAAACAAACCAUUGCACACAAUCGACUAUGUUAAAGGAUGUUUAUCACUGCUUAUCACAUAGAUGAAGAGGAUCCCUGAGUUGGGCCCAUGGCGGGGGCGGGUAUCAGGAGGCAAAUUCGCGAGUAGCCCGCAUUCUUCACCGAGGGCAGCAUAGAACGCGAUCUCACGACUCAGCCCGUGAGCAAUAUCCCAACUCAUCUCUGGGUAGGAAAGGGAGGGAGUAGCAGGUGCGCGCAGGUGGCAGAGCGAGCGUCAUCAGCAUGGACCAAUCAGGGUGCGAAAUCGGGCGGGCCAACUAUCUACCUGUUCCGUGGGAAAGAAGAGGUUAGGGGUGGCCUCGGCGUAGUAAGCGGGAAGUAGCGGGAAGCAGCGCGGAGGAUUGGGCUGGAUCGGGUGAACCUGUCUUAUCUCUGCUCGCGAGUUGCGGUAAAAUUCGCUGGCUCGGUUGGCCGACGUUGGCGCGAAACGGUCGUAACUAGUAGCGCUGACCAAUGCUGGCCGAUGAAACAUAGGAGGCAGAUGGCACCUUCCUAAUCGUUUGCACAUACACUUGCAGCGCCGAGAGAGGCGGGGGGUCGACACCACACCGAGCCCUUGGUCACCGACGUGCAUUCCCGUGCACGCUCCUAUGUGCGCCUCUCCGCAUGACAUUCGCCCCUUUAGACCUCGAGCCCUUGAUUCAAUCGGUCGCACAUUGUCGGCAAACACUGCUCAACAAUGGCGAUGGGCAAAGCCUUCCGGGUUUAUGAGAAGCUCAAGCCGCCGAGUCCGCAUUCCCUGAUCUUGGAGCAGCGCAACCGCAAGGAGACGGUCCUCUUCGAGUCUCAGGCCGUCGCCGUUCUCUCUGCAAGAGAAACGGAAUCACUGAAAGCUCAGUAUUCAAAAUUGUACGAUGCUUAUGGCUGCUUGGGCGUGCUUCAACUCAAUGCCGGGGAAAACACGUUAUUGUAUCUGGUGCUGGUUACCGGAUGCUUCUCGGUUGGCAAAAUCGGGGAGACCGAGAUUUUCAGGAUCACGCAAACUCAUUUUGUGCCGAUGCAUUACACUCAAGGAAACGAGGACAGAGUUUCUGAAGUGAGGAAGGUUCUGAAUUCGGGCACAUUUUAUUUUUCUUGGUCUGCGGGACAACAGGAUGCUCUUGAUAUCACGCUUGGAGUGCAAAGGCGAUAUAGGUCGACCACCACCGAUAAUAGAUUCUUUUGGAACCGAAUGUUACAUAUUCACCUGCUGAGAUAUGGGGUAAAUACGAGUCAGUGGUUAUUAAAAGCCAUGUGUGGCAGCGUAGAAAUUAGAACUGUAUACGUUGGCCAUAGACAAGCACGUGCCGUCGUUGUAUCCAGAUUAAGCUGUGAACGGGCUGGUACCAGGUUCAAUGUAAGGGGCACCAAUGACGACGGGCACGUGGCUAAUUUUGUUGAGACCGAACAGGCCAUCUUUUUGGACAACGAAGUGACAUCUUUUCUACAGACAAGAGGAUCCGUACCUUUAUUCUGGGAACAGCCAGGUAUUCAAGUUGGUUCCCAUAAAGUAAAAAUUUCUCGCGGCUUCGAAGCUUCGGCACCGGCGUUUGAUAGACACCUAAGUACGAUAAAGAAGAGGUAUGGUCAACAAGUCAUCGUCAACCUGCUCGGAUCCAGUCUCAUAGGAAGCAAAGAAGGCGAAGCAAUGUUGAGCCAACUAUUCCAAUCCCAUCACACCACUUCUCGCCAUAAAGACGUUCCUCACAUCCUGUUUGAUUACCAUCAAGAGUGCAGAGGAGGCAAUACCAAGAACCUUUCAAAACUGAAAGCAAAAAUGGAAAAAUAUCUGGAGGCCUUUUCUCUGUUCUAUGCACUUGGCAAUGCAGUGAUUCACGAACAAAUAGGUACAAUUCGUACGAAUUGUCUAGAUUGCCUAGACAGAACUAAUUGCGUUCAGACUUUCUUUGCACUGGAAAUUCUAGCUAAGCAGUUAGCACUGUUGAAGUUGCUAGAGAAGCAACAGAUGGUCUCAAGGUUCGAAGAAGUGUUCCGUCAAAUGUGGAUCAACAACGGUAACGAGGUCAGCAAAAUCUACGCUGGUACAGGUGCUAUCCAAGGCAGCUCGAAAUUAAUGGAUGGCGCACGUUCAGCUGCCCGAACGAUUCAGAACAAUCUCCUGGAUUCCAACAAACAAGAAGCCAUCGACAUCCUCCUGCUAGGCUCUACAUUGAACACCGAAUUAGCUGACAGAGCCCGAUUACUUUUGCCGUCCAAUAUGCUUCACGCCCCUCCGAGUGUUUUGAGAGAGAUGUGUAAGAGAUACAACGAAUACGUCGACACCAUGAGACUCAGGGUGAGCGUGGGUACCUACAACGUUAACGGAGGAAAACAUUUCCGAAGUGUCGUAUAUAAAAGUGUUUCCCUCUCCGACUGGUUGCUAGACGCACCUCAAAAAUGCCCUGCCUCGAUGACGGCCGAGGUCGACGACGUACCCGUGGAUAUAUUCGCAAUUGGAUUUGAAGAGAUCGUCGACCUGAACGCCAGUAACAUAAUGGCUGCCAGCUCCGACAAUGCCAAGGCUUGGGCCGAGGAGUUGCAGAAGGUAUUGUCGAGGGACAACGAAUACGUGCUGGUGACUUAUCAGCAAUUGGUAGGCGUUUGCCUGUACCUCUUCAUAAGACCCGAGCAUGCACCGUACUUAAGGGACGUUGCUGUAGACUGCGUAAAAACUGGCCUCGGAGGAGCAACCGGUAACAAGGGGGCGGCAGCCAUAAGAUGCGUCCUCUAUUCUACCUCGUUUUGUUUCGUUUGCGCACACUUUGCCGCUGGCCAGUCUCAGGUUAACGAACGAAACGCCGACUAUGCCGAAAUCACGAGAAAGAUCACCUUCCCUAUGGGACGAACCCUGAAUACUCACGAUUACGUCUUCUGGUGCGGGGACUUCAACUACAGAGUCGACAUGGACAAAGAAGAGACGAAGGAAUUGAUCAGGAGGAACGAACUCGAUCAAAUACUGCAAUACGACCAGUUGAGAAUUCAACAAGAUCAGGGAAACGUCUUUAAGAACUUUUUAGAGGGGCCCGUCACGUUUCCUCCAACGUACAAGUACGACGUCUUUUCCGAAGACUACGACACUAGCGAGAAAUGUCGACAGCCAGCAUGGACCGAUAGAGUUUUGUGGAAGAGGCGCAAACAGAUACCAGACAUAGAUUCUUCGACGGAUUGGAACCCAGGCCACCUGGUAUAUUAUGGCCGUGCCGAGCUGAAGCAAAGCGAUCAUCGGCCCGUAAUCGCGAUAAUAGACAUAGACGUCCACCGGGUGGACCCUGAAAAGCGAGAACUCGCGUUCAGGGAAGUAAUCGAGGACCUGGGGCCUUUGGAUGGUACCAUCGUCGUGAAGGCUGUGGAAGAAAACGAGGACAUCGACAGCAUCUUCGACGACAGUUUCAUGAUAGCUCUGCUUCAGGACCUGGCCCACAUCGGAGAAGUGAUCCUGGUGAGGUUCGUCGGCGAGACGAUUUGGAUUACUUUCAGAGACGGCCAAUGCGCCCUGGCAGCCGCGAGGAAGGGGUCCACCCAGGUCUGCGGACAGUCGCUGAAAUUGACCCUGAAAUCUCCAGACUGGGUGCGCCUUAUAGAGAAGGAAAUCGAGAUUUGCAGUAACACCACCGAGAGCACGAUCCACUCGGUGGACGCGUCCAUGGCGGGUACUCCCGUUCAAGGGAUGUCCCAGCUAGACAUAUCCGAUGGGGUUUCCUCUGGAAGGACGAGUCCCAACGGAGGACACCCGCCUCCUAGACCGGCUCCUCCUAGUCGCCCUUCUCAGCCACCCAGGAGUCCGGCGCAGGAGCGUCACCAGGGUCCUCGCGCCGGCGUCUUUAGCGUAAUGUCCAAUCAAUUCGCGGCCGCACCCCUGCCUCUUGAGAACAAGGAGAUAGAGCAUCCGGAGAGGUCGUCCCCCGAGUCCGCGAUUUACGAAGAAAUUCAAGACGGCUCACCGAAUUAUCCUGUGCCUAACAGGCCUCCGCCGCUUCCUCGAGCGGACAAUUCCCAGGAGAUUAACUUGCCGCCUCCGAAUUGCGCUCCCCCGCCGCUUCCUCAGAGACAAGUUCCGCUGGCUCCUCCGCAACAUCCGCCGCCGAGCUUGCCUUCCGCACCGCCGAAAGUCCCACCACCUGUUCCGGCCAGGACCACCGGUGGACCUCCGAUUCCUGCUAGAAACCCCCACUAAAAAUUAAUUCCGAAACGCGAUCCAAUUAGCCAGUCUUAGCCAACCAGAUUAGUCGACCGAUUGAAGCGCCAAUUGCAACCAGCGCGUCGUUUGCCAACAAAGGGAAGACUAAUCUGGACCCUUCAUGUGCGCCUAGUACUUAGCUAAUCGUAAUAUCUCUGGAAGACUUCCAUUUGUUCGUCCCUCGAGGACGUAGGUACCUGUAUACUCGCCUCCUGGAUUAAUUGAUCGUUUAUCGAAUCUAAUAUAUCGUAGAUUGCCUUCUGAAAAGCGAGGAAGUACCGGUCGACCGCUGAGUAGACAUUCCUAUGCAAGUCGUCGCACGUUAAAUCAAAGUGGUGGACUACUACUAAUUGGCACCAAAUCGUGCGCGGUAUUCGAGAGAGGGAAAAUGUACUAUUGUUUAUAGUCUAUGUUAUAAAUUUGGAGAAUCUCGAGGAA